CAUCAUCAUCAUGAUCAUCAUCGUCUCGUGUCAGCAGCACCUUCCGCCUCGCGGCUACGUUCUCUUCCCAUACCAGUGUCGAAGCCUCGCAACAUGAUAGUCCAAGAUCCAUAUUAUUUCGCCGACGAUGUGGAAACGCCCUACGGGGCCACACCAUACACGGCCACACCUUAUGGGACUGCAUCACAAUGGGGUGCAUUCUCUCAAUCACGCUCGAACCAAGAAACCGAACAAAGUGACAUCGAAAGCGAUAGACCGUGGAAAGUGCUCCUCCUCGCCUGCGCGCUGCUGCUCUUUUGCUCUGGGCUGAUCGUAAUGUUCAUGGGCACUCUGACAACGCCCACCACUGAUGAAGACGCUACUGGCACCGGCGACGGCGAUGACAGCACUGCUGUCUCUCACAUUAUAUACAGAACACCGAGCCGCCCUGUAACCCGAGGUACCCGAAGUGGAUCUGGUGCCAGCUCAAGAACCAUCCGGACAGCGACACCAGUGACAACUCCAGCGGCUAUUCCACCUCCGGUAACCCCGUUCCCGCCUGCUGAUGAAGACGCUACUAGCACAGGCGACGGCAAUCAUGCUGUGACUCACGUUAUAUAUAGAACACCGAGCCGCCCUGCAAACCAAGGUACCCGGGGUACCCGGUACGAGGUACCAGGUACCAAGGUACCCGGUACGAGCGCAAGCACCAUCGGGACAGCUUCACGAGUGACAACUCCGGCGGCUAUUCCACCUUCAAUCGCCCCACUCCCACCCGUUAAGUACAGGCCACCACAGGCGCACUCUAUGAUAUGCACCGUCGGCUGUCAUGGAAAGUAUGCAGUGGAAUUCCCACCCGACGGCAUGUGCGACUUCAUCUUCCUCGACUCACUCUACGACGGAUGCCCGGACCAGUUCGUGCAACACAGAUCGCCCAGUAGCAGCUGGCGGAGGUUCCAAGCAUUAGCUGCGUCAGGCAUCAAGACGCAGUUUGGAAUUUCCAUCGAUACGCUGUCUGUUUUUAUGCCAGACGCCAUUGUUGUGCUUGGACACACCUCGUUUCAAGAAAACAAAAUUCCAUCUUUGCGCUGCGUCCUGCUUCCACCUAACAUUCACAAGAUUCCUCCAGGUGUGCGUGAAAAAAUUACGCAUGCGCACACUUUCGUCGAAGCAGGUCUGCUCGCGCAGUGUCUUCGGAAGCAGCAGAACAUUCAGGUUCCCAUUGGCGUGUCAUUCACAAUGAAGGGCCGCUGGUACCAACCAAAAAUUGAUGACUACGAAAACGCUGACAUCGGCGAGUACGACCUAUUCAAAGACUGCGUCGUCAGUGACGAAGAUCAAGAUGCAAUUCCAGCCGCGGUCUGCAAUCGGACGAAUACGAACUACACGAAAAACUUGGGUUUAGAUAGCAACGCUCUCACGAUGAGAACAUAUGACAAAGGUGCCAUAGAGAAACAUACGGAAAUGUUUGACAAUCAAGCGACGUACCUCAAGAAGUUCUGCUACGCAAAGUCCAACCUGACGGAAGUCCAGUUUUCAAUUGCGGCCUAUGACGUGAACUUUGAUAGCAGCGCCUCCAUCUGCCAGCCGGACAAGAUCGUCGGAAACUUCACGCGAACUGAGCUGCUAUACAACCUCAAUAGGUUCAAGAGGAACGGCGAGGACCUAUCAAAAGAUAUUACUUGCAUCACAAUCAUUAAUUAGCGUACUUGAUACAUUUCUAUAUGAAUGCACUUCUUAAGGUAGCAUUCAGAGCCACACGAAUAAACACAUGCCCUUUGUUUUAGGUCA